AUGUAAAAUAUAUAAAGAUUGCUCAUAGCUCCAAUUUCAUCAAGAAAGUACCUAAUUAAAUAAGAUGCAAUGAAUUUGCUUCUCAGCAUUAUCUUCUGUUUGCUUUGCAUCGAUAACUUAAUGAAUAAUAAAUUGCCAUAUUCCGCAGCAUGGUUUAAAUGCUCAUUCUUAUUCCUGCUUUUUAUCAGCAAUCUGUGUGCUAUAUUUUUAUACGUACUAAUAAUACCUCAAUUAAUAACAUUGAAAUAAGAGUAGAAUAAAAAGGAUUAAAUAAUGUAAUUGAGAACAUUAUUACGAUAUAAACUGCAUCAAUAUUUAGAUAUCAAUUAAUGUUUGAUUAAUAUUUUAUAUUUUGCUGGAAUCAUAUUAGUAAUUUUGGAUUUUUUUGGAGAAUCUCCAGAAUCAUGUCAAAAUAUUAAAAAAAUACUCAGAUAUUCAGUUUGUGGAUAAUUAUUAAAUCGCAUCAUUAUUACAGGAUAAUUUGAAAACACACUUGAGGAGUAAACUAUUGUUGAGUUUAAAGAAAGCUUCAUCAAAAUAGAAGAACUUAAAGAACUUUCACUUAGUACUUUGGAUGUUUGUCCCAUAUGUUAUGAAGAAUUUAAAGUCAAGGAACAUAUUGCUGAAUAUCAAUGUAAAGGAAGGCACACCUUUCAUCAAGAUUGUGUUUUAUAAUGGUUAAAAACUCCAAUGAAUACAAACAAGGUUUGUCCAUACUGUAAACAAUUACCAGAUUCAAUAAAUAAAUAUGUCUGA